GCUGCUGGCGCAAUGGACUAUGACGCGUUGCAAGACUUGCAAGGGAUGUUCUUGGUAUUGAAGCGACAUCUCGCCACGGUGUCGUCACGCUUGCUGUCAUGGUAGGAAGACUUCGCUGCUGUGGCGAUCGCGGACUGCUACUCUGUGGCUUGAUGCGUGUAUAUGGCAUCUGUUGUGCAGGAUGCUGCUGUAGACCACGACGCUCAGAGUACUUCUUGCGUCGUGUCACAACCAGAGUACGUCCACAGACUUGUAAUGGGUUUGGUGAAUCAUGGGAGCAUGCAGUAAUGGCUUCUUGGCAUUGUGUCAUGGUUGCACACUUGAGGAAGGCAAAGCCAAGUCGGUCUUCGUUCUGGUUGUUGGCACGAUGAAGGAGGAGUGCGUCGCCAAAGCGCGCUGUAAAGAUAUCAAGCAAUAGCUCGCUGGGUAU